AUGAAUGCAUUGCUCUUCUUCAUCAAUGUUAUUGCCCUUCUUCAUCAAUGUUAUUGUUAUUCUUCUUCAUCAAUGUCAUUGCCCUUCUUCAUCAAUGUUAUUGUUAUUCUUCUUCAUCAAUGUCAUUGCCCUUCUUCAUCAAUGUUAUUGUUAUUCUUCUUCAUCAAUGUCAUUGCCCUUCUUCAUCAAUGUUAUUGUUAUUCUUCUUCAUCAAUGUCAUUGCCCUUCUUCAUCAAUGUUAUUGUUAUUCUUCUUCAUCAAUGUCAUUGCCCUUCUUCAUCAAUGUUAUUGUUAUUCUUCUUCAUCAAUGUCAUUGCCCUUCUUCAUCAAUGUUAUUGGCGUUCUUCAUCAUUGUUAUUGGCGUUCUUCAUUAAUGUCAUAGCCAUUCUUCAUCAAUGUUAUUGUUAUUCUUCUUCAUCAAUGUCAUUGUUAUUCUUCUUCAUCAAUGUCAUUGCCCUUCUUCAUCAAUGUUAUUGCCCUUCUUCAUCAAUGUUAUUGCCCUUCUUCAUCAAUGUUAUUGUUAUUCUUCUUCAUCAAUGUCAUUGCCCUUCUUCAUCAAUGUUAUUGUUAUUCUUCUUCAUCAAUGUCAUUGCCCUUCUUCAUCAAUGUUAUUGUUAUUCUUCUUCAUCAAUGUCAUUGCCCUUCUUCAUCAAUGUUAUUGUUAUUCUUCUUCAUCAAUGUCAUUGCCCUUCUUCAUCAAUGUUACAGACCUUCUUCAUCAAUGUUAUAGCCCUUCUUCACCAAUGGCACUGCUUCCAUCCACUGGCAAUUAUGCAGGGUGUUGUGACUUAG